AUGCAAUAUGUUGAGAUCUCAAUUGUUCUGCUCUUUCUUCUACGAUGUACAACCGGUACUAACAAUCGAGGUAAAGGUUUUAAACUGGCCCUUCAUGUGGUCAUUCCCCCUAUUUGUUUGUCAUUUAUCCCAUAUGUUGAAGCACCGAUUUAUGGGGUCUGUGUGAUGCCUGGAAGCAAGUUUGUCAAUUUAUUGGUUUCGCGAGAUUAUGUGGAAACACCUUGUCAUCUCAAUAUCGAGAAUGAGUUUCAACAACAGGUAGUUGAAUACGCAAGCCGGAACCUUUUUGGGUGUGGGAAAUGGAAAGGCAGCGGCUAUUGA